CGAAUCUCCUUCUCCACAACCGUCCACAUAACGGGACAAAGUGCGCGUCUGCUCCGCCUCUCGACUACUGCUUGACAACCGUCUGCUUUGGCUUCUCUUUUUCUCUGGAUACUAAAAAUAACACGAAGAAAACACACGGGAGAUUCUAAACAAACGGAGAAACGGCGAACUUUCUUCAGGAUUCCUUGACGGAGUUUAUCUCUCACAAGAAACUCCCGAAGAAACUCACUAUCGGUGAUUUUUGACGGGGUAUUUUAGUGAAGGAUCGAUUAAGAUUGUAAAAACAUAAACUUGCGGAAUGUCGGAUGGAAAGCGUAAAGUUUUAAUUCAGAUUUCUGCUGGAAAGUGAACCGCGUCCGGUGCACGCGCAAAAAGCGCACGCGCAGCCCAGCGGAGGAUGACGCGCGUCGCGUUUGGAGUCGAACUAAAGUAAAAACUAAGUAAAUAACUAAGUAGUAGCGGGGAUUUACCAGUGUUAAACCAUCAUGAUGUUCGCAGGAAUGAUCAGGGUGGAAAACACCUCAAAAACACUCAAUACUGACACAGACUCUCCGUGUCACCGGUGCGCUGUGAGGACAGAUGGUGUGAACCCGUCAGGAAACCACCGCAAGAGGAGCUUCAGACGGCCUGGAUACAUGCGGUCAGAGCCGAUUAACCAGCUGGACACUGCAGAAACAUCAUGUGAUUCUGAACAUCAGCGAAGUCCUAUUUCCAAGUCGUCUGCUGUUGAGAAAACUCAAAAGAGUGCUUCAGAAUUACCUAGCGAGAAAUGGCUGACAGAGGGUUUCAAGCGAGACAACUCAAAGUCUUCAAAAAAUGACCAUUUGCAUGAUGAGGAGGACAAUUUACCAAUGCAGUCACGUGAUGUUUUCAAUUCCAGUUUCAGUUUCAUUCAACAGUCACUGGACACUUGUGAUUUAUUAGAUGUAAACACAUGCUAUUCACCCAGAACUGAACAUAAACAAUCUGAAUCAACGUCACAGCACCAACUGAAAUUCGAAGCUUCAAAAUCAGGCCUUUUUAAACCUCCGUCUGACUUAAUGAAUCACUUGAGCCAAUCAGAAACCAGCAUUGUUCAAAUUAACCAAUUAGAAACCAGCACUGUUCCAGGGAGCCUUUCAGAAACCAGAACUGUCCCAGUAAGCCAAUCGAAAUCAAGCUUUUUAAAACCUAUAUCUGCUUUAAUGAAUCACUUGAGCCAAUCAGAAACUAUUACUGUUCCAAUCAACCAAUCCGAAACCAGCACUGCCCCAGUAAGCCAAUCAAACUCAGGAUUUUUAAAACCUCUGUCUGAUUUAAUGAAACACUUAACCCAAUCAGAAUCCAGCAUUGUUUCAAUGACCCAAUCAGAAACCAACAUUAUUUCAAUUAACCAAUCAGAAACCAUAACUAUUCCAAUGAACCAAUCAAAAAACAGCACCGUCCCAGUGAGUCAAUCCAACUCAGACUUUUUAAAACCUUCAUCUGCUUUAAUGAAUCGCUUGAGCCAAUCAGAAACCGUCACCAUUCCAAUGAACCAAUCAGAAACCAGCACUAUCCCAGUAAGCCAAUCAAACUCAGGCUUUUUAAAACCUCCAUCUGCUUUAAUAACUCACUUAAGUGAAUCAGAAUCAGUCACCGUUCCAAUGAACCAAUCAGAAACCAGCACAGACUCAUUGAGCCAAUCAGAACAUGAUUUUUUUUCUUCGAGACACUUGCCUUGUUCGUUUGGUCAGUCGGCACAGCAGAAAAGCCUGCUAUUGGACCGAGAGCUGUGGUUGGUGGAUCUGGACAUGCAGACCUCGUCCUCCAUGAUGUCUAAUUAUGCAAAAGAAAACAUCCAGGACUCGGAUUCUGGCUCUCUGGACGCUGAAAUCACGUCUUCGCACUCCAUUGACUCUUCAGACUCAACUUCAUCUGGAUAUGAAAGCACCACACCAUCCUCAGAUCAGAGUCGGGACGGCCUGAUGAAGAAGUACGAGGAUUUUCUGCAAGACUGUCUGCAAAACAAUCGCACAAACACCAAGAUCGAGUCCAUAAUGAUGAAGCUUCAGAGAUUACAGCACAAAGCCAUUCUGGAUGAUGAUUAUGACACGGCUGAGCGUUUUGGUAAGAAACUGGAGGAACUGAGAAGAGAAAGAGCGACACUUAAGCCUGGUCUUCCAUCCAGACACCCUGAAGUCAUUGGAUAUCUGGAGCGGCUCAGAACAGCAGUGAACAGCGCUAUCUACAGGACCGACUCAGACUGCAGACACACUGGUGAGCUGAGUGAAGAUCAGAGAUCCUGCAGCGCUCCGAGUCGAGCUCAAACACGAGAGACGCUGUUGGAGGAGAAACAGAGGAUUCAGAGGGAGAUGUGUGAUGUUCAGCGGCGGCUGCAGGGUCUGCAGGAGCGCAGCAGGGCUCUGGAGCUUCAGCUGGAGCUGCAGGAGAUGCAGGGGCCCGUCCUCAGGGCCGCAGACUCUCCUCAUCUGCAUCUGACAGCUCGAGCGCUGGAGGAUCUGCUCACGUCUGAACAUCGCCAGCACAUCAGCAUUUCUCCACCAGCACACAUCCGCAGGCUUGAGGAGCAGGAGCGAGUGCUGAGUUUGUCCAUCAGAGAAGCAGAGACUAAAGUGUUGUUGAAUCAGAGGUUGUGCUUCAGUUUGAGGCAGAAGGUCAGCGAGAGCGAAACGCAGCUGCUGGCGCUUCAUGAAGCCAAACUCACAGCCGUAUCAGGAAAUGACUUCAGCAGUGCUAAAGAGCUGAAGGCAGAGAUCAGGAGUGUGUACAGAGAGAGGGAUCGUCUGGAGCUCCUGCACAGGAAGCUGCAGACUCUGAGCAAAGGAAGUGGCCUCGACCUGAGCCGAAUGAAGGAGAGACACAAGCACAUCAAGCUGGAGCUGCAGGACGGAGAAGCUCAGUAUGGUGAGAAACGCUCAACAUUCACACUCUUUUCAUUCCUGACACACGGGGGAGACGUUGAGCUGCAGAUAAGGAGGACUGAUCUUCUUCUCACAUUCAGUGUUGAGUUGGGAUGGGGAUAG